GGUUGACCAUUUGCCUAUCUUCCGCCAACAGAUGUGACACCUCCAUACGCACACCUACCCAUGGACAUCAACGAGAGCCCCGGGGCCCUGAGCUGGCGCCUCUCCGCCAACCCCAUCACACUCCUGACCUUCCUCUCCUUUCGAAUAUCCAGUCUUCUCGUCUACCUCCUCGGCCUCCUCUUCACCUCGAACUUUGUCCUCAUCUUCAUCAUCUGCAUCCUCCUGCUGAGCUUCGACUUCUACUACGUCAAGAACAUCGCCGGGCGCCGCCUGGUAGGCCUCCGAUGGUGGAACGAAAUCGACCAGAACGGCAAUGGCAAAUGGGUGUUUGAGAGCGCGCCGCAGCCCAACGAGCCGGGCGGGAAGUUGGUAAACGCCACGGACAAGAGGUUCUUCUGGCUGGCUUUGUACGCGCAGCCGGCUUUGUGGGUUGCGCUGGCGGUGGUUGCGGUGGUCAGGCUGGAGUUUAUUUGGUUGACGCUUGUUGUAAUUGCUUUGGUUCUGACCAUUACGAAUGCGCUGGCCUUCUCGCGAUGCGACAAGUUUAGUCAGGCGAGUGGACUCGUGGAGCGCGGACUCUACUCCGGCUCUUUGGCGAGGAAUGUGGGUGGCGCACUUGUCUCGCGCUUCUUUAACAGAUGAGCAUACCUUCAGACAACGCGAUAUACAGUUCGAAGUCAACUUUACAAAAGCCA